CAAACCCUCCCCUUAAAUCUCAACAAGGCCUGUUUUCCACAAAACACAGGAGAAAAACCCUAACACAUUUCGCAAUUUUUUCUUCAGAAAUCGAAGAAAAACCCUAAAUUUGUUUUUUGAAGAAGAGAAAAUGGCACUGGCCGGAGCAGGACUGGGAGGGACGAGCAUCGCCGAGGCUUACUUGAUGAGGAAGAUUCACAGGGAGACGACGAAGAAAGCGACCAGCACCGUCGCCACCGGCGGAGAGGACUGCGGCGGAGGCGGAGGGCUCCGGGAGGCGAUGAGGCCGCCGGCGAGAAGAUCCGGUCGGUGGUUCUUUGGGAAGAUGGCUCCGAAGAAAAGCUCUGCGAAAGUUUUGGAUCUCAUGGCGACAGAAUAAAUGAGACUGGUGGUGUCUGCCUUUUUUUAUUUUUUAUGUUUGUUUUUGGUUUGUGUUUUGGUGAUAUUUUAAUAAAUGUAAAUCUUAUUAUGGAUCUUGUGGUGUAUAAUAUGGUCUACGUUAUUUAAGAUUGUACCUUUGUAACAAAAAAAUUAUUAAACUUUAUCCAUUCGAACUCC